AGGAGGAAGGAGGAGAGGCAGCAGACUGCGGUGUUGUUAGUUUGAACAAAAUGGCUGCGAGAUCGCUGUCAACGAGAGCUCCCUGAACCGCCUACAGUCAGCGUCCGCUCCGUGGUUUGGAUCAACACAGAAUGUAUUUUCUCGGAGCUGCGACUAACUUCGCCUUCGCGGUAGUCAGCCCGUCACCAGUCGCCCAUUCGGCGACUUAAACAAACAAACGCUUCUUUUUUGCACUUUAAAACAAGUUGGCUGGCUGACGGCCGUCGGCUUGCUCAGUGACAACUGCUCGAAGAUUUUUAUUUUAUUUUUUACUAAAACUGCCUGAAUUCUGGUUUGCAGAACCUCGCAAAGCCAACCAGCUAAUGAUAACUUCAACAAUUCAGCUGCUUAUUCGAUGUCAUUUUGUUCGUGUUUGUUUGUUUGUUUAUUAUUUGCGGUUCUCGCCCCGCCCCUCAUGGUGUGGUUUUAAAUUCUGGCCCAGUAGAAUCUGAAGAACUAUUUAUUUGAAUGUUUUCUUGCUCCAGGCAGAAGUCGCCGUGUUUGCUGUGUUUGUCUGGCCUUGGGGGGCCGUUGUUUACCUCGAAUAUUCUCUGAAACACCCACUCUGCUCCUCCAUAGAGCCUCACUUUAAUUAAUAUUAAUUUGUGACUCCAUCGCUUUACGGGUAACUUCAAAAGAAGAGGAGGGAGAACAAAAUGCUUUUUUGGGGGGCAUUUGUUCCUGCCAUGCACCGACUCUUCACUGAAACAAGCGGUCAGCUGCUGAACGAGAGCUGAGAGAAGCAAGCAACACAGGAAAGAGAAUCAUUUGAUGGAAGAAAGGAAAAAGAAAAAACAAGAAGAAAAGACUCAGAAGGACAUAUCUCAGAAAAAGGCUGCAGAUCAGAAACCCAAAGUGCCAGAGCCUGCUCCCUCUAAGCCCAACCCUGGUCCAUCUCACCACCUCCAACCCUCCAGCCCCACACUGCCCCUCUCCUCCUCCUGCUGUUCUUCUGGCAAUGGCAAGCGCUCCCCCUGCGGUAUCCAACUCUCGACUCAGACUCCCCCUCAGCAGCAGUGCCAGUUGUCCUCUGCCAGUGCUCGCUACCCGCCCAGAGAGGUGCCCCCGCGCUUCCGUCAGCAGGAGCACAAGCAGCUACUGAAGAGAGGCCAGCCGCUGCCUGCAGGAGCUCUCAGUGCGUUCACACUGCCUUCCCCCUCCUCCUCUUCUCCCCCACCGUCUUCCACCUCUUCUUCUGCAAGUACCAGCAGCACUACCCCAAACUCUGCCACGUCCUCUUCAAACGAGCACCGCCCAGACAAAUCCCUUCAUACUGGUCCUGGUGCCCAGUAUGAUGCCUCUCAUUGGGGCUCCUCUGUGCCAGUUGACAGACACUCCAGUGCCAACAGCUGGGACAAAGUAAUCAUCGACGGAAGCGAUACAGAAUCUUGGCCAUCUAUUAGUCGUAGCAGUGACCCCAUCCACUUGGCAACACCAGAAUGCUCCUUAGACUCAUCUAGCUCUAACCCAGAUACCAGUGCUGUCCUUACAACUACAAGGAGUGGUUUUCUGAGUAUGGCCACAGGUACUACUGGCCUGCAGGCCAACUAUAACUCUCUUAAAACAAACAAUAACAUGAUGACAGGACCUGUGUCAACCAGUACACUAUCAGGUAACAGAGGAUGGGGCUCAGACGGAAAACAAGAUGGAAUGAAUAGUGGUAGAGUUGGAGCAUCCAAUAGCUGGGGAUCACCAAAUUUUAACUUGAAUCUCAACCCAAAUGCCAACCCAUCUGCCUGGCCUGUUCUAGGACAUGAAAGUGGUGGAGGUGGUGUUAUUGGUCCCAAUGGCAUGUCCAACUCUUCAUCUCUUCCACCAGGUAAAAAUGGCAAUGGAAAUGUGAGAAAUGGAAAUGCAGAUAAUGGUGGGGGUGGCUGGGUCAGCAUGAUAAGUGCUAAUGAAAAUGAGCAACAGCACCCUUCUGCCAAUACAAACCUAUCCUUCAAUAUGGAGCAUGCUAACCUUAAUACUGAUGGACCAAACUACACUAAACAACAGCAACAAGCUCAGGAGCCCAUGAGCCCCAUCCAUGGCUUAACUGGUUGGGGAGGCCAGUCACCCACUGAAUCAUCCCAGCUCAAUGGUGACACAACAGGCAGCUCCGUUUGGGGCAGUGGAGAAACCAAGUCAGCUGAGCCUCCCAAAGACUCGAGAUGGGACUCAACUCCCUCUACAGCCCUCUCUGCCUGGGACCGGCAAGGCAGUGGUGGUGGGAGUAGUGGAAGUGGCAGCUGGGGGGAUUGGGGCAAGUCCUCUGGGGUUGGAGAUGUGCCUAAAAGCUGGGACUCGGUAGAUGCUGGUAGUUCUGGUUCAGGCCAAGAGCAGCAAAUUAGCUCAUGGGGCAAACUUUCAGAAACAGCCCCAGCUAGUGAGGAUAGCGGGGACAGCAGUGAGGGUCACUCUCAUCACAGAGACAGAUCCUCUAGUAUGGAGUUUGCCACUCUGCUACAACGGCAGGACCUAGACCCCAGAGUGUUGAGCAACACAGGUUGGGGACAGACACCCAUCAGACAGCACACUGUUUGGGAGAUGGAACAAGCCAGUUCUGAUGAAGGGAAAAGCAAUAGCAACUCAGACACCAUGGGAUGUUCCAGCUCUAAUGUUGGCCCCUCAUCAGCCAAUGGAGGUACAAUUAACCCUCCCACUGGACCCAAUCAAAAGUCUGGUUCUGGAGGAAAAAUUGACAGUGAAGGGCCUUCUUCAUCUGGAUGGGGACCCCCUCCACCUCAGCCAAUUCAAACUGGAUCAGGAUGGGGAGACCCUUCACCUACUCUCAACAAUGCCUCAAAUGGCACACCCACUGGCUGGGGAGACUCUUUACCUACUAAUGGUUCUAAAAGUGAGGGCACCCGGUCGUGGGGCUCUGAUGAUAAGUCACCCAUUUGGGAUGAUGGUAUGAUGAAAAACCAUCCUACUAGCUGGGGAGAAGGCCACAAGAGCGCCCAUGGUUGGGGCAACAGUAAUGGGGGCUCCAAUGUCUCCACCCCAGGGGACUGGGAAGAGCCAGAUGUCAAGAACAAUGAGUCUUCUAACAGCAUGUGGGAAGAAGAAGGAGGUAAUGGAGGAACUGGUGGAUGGAAAGAAAGCACUAGAGGAGGAAGUAAAGGAGGAGGAGGUGGGUGGGGUAAACCUGCACCUGCUGUGAGUAACAGUAACUGGGGGGAGACCUUGCGUAAUGGUGGCCCAGUGCAGGGAGGCUGGAGCCCUUCAAAGCCCCAGGAAAGCAGCAGCAGUGGCAGCAGCACUGGCAGCAUUGGUUCCUGGGGUGGUCCUAGCUCUGUGAAACAGAACAGCUCCAGCUGGGGAAACAAAGGCAAACAGGACCAGGGCAUGGAGCCCAGUGGCUGGGAGGAGCCCUCUCCUCCCUCCAUCCGCAGGAAGAUGGAGAUUGAUGAUGGAACAUCAACCUGGGGUGAUCCCAGUGCUUACAACAAGACUGUCAACAUGUGGGAUCGUAAUAAUCCCAAUAAUAACCCAGGCAACAGUGGCCCUCCUCCCAGCAAGAAUGGAGGAAUGAUUAUUUCCAUCAACAACAAUAAUCACCAUCCUCAACACAUGCAUCAUCAUGGCCAUCACGGCCAGCCCCCAGUUCACCUGCAGCACCAAGGAAAUAACAACGGGUCACCAAACAAUGUCGCCGCACAUCCUGGUGCUGGGCCCCUGGGAAGGCCCCCCAUUGCUAACCCAGGAUGGGGAGAGCUUCCUAGUUUUCAACCUAAGUCUGAGCCUGCUUGGGGAGAGCCAGCAGCUCCUACAUCAGCUGUUGACAAUGGCACCUCGGCUUGGGGUAAACCCCCAGGUGGUGUUGGAGGAUGGGGGGACAGUGGCCAUGAGCCCCCUGGCCCGUUUGUCAGGUCCAACGGACCCACAGUUUCAGCACCUAUCAAGCCAGGCCCCAAACCUAUGCAAGAUGGCUGGGGAAGUGGAGAAGAAACGAGCAUGUCUACUAACCAAUGGGACACUGAAGAUGGGGACGUAUGGAACAGCCCCACCUCCCAGGAGAGUAGCUCCUCUUGUAACUCCUGGAGCAACGGACCCAAGAAGUGUCCAAGCAAGGGGAAGAUGAGCAACAAACCAGAUGAAGCCUGGAUUAUGAACCGUCUCAUCAAACAGCUCACUGAUAUGGGCUUUCCGAGAGAUCCUGCUGAGGAGGCGUUGAAGAGCAACAAUAUGAACCUGGACCAGGCCAUGACCGCCCUGCUGGAGAAGAAGACGGACCUGGACAAGCGGGGCAUGGGUUUAUCUGAUUACAGCAACGGCAUGAACAAGCCUCUAGUGUGUCGUCCCUCUGCACGCUCCAAAGACCCCUCAGACCGCUCCGCCUUUCUCGACAAGGAUGGUGUCCUGUCAGAUGAUGCCCCUCCAUCACCGUUUUUGCCUUCCCCCAGCUUGAAGCUCCCCCUGGCCAGCAGUAGCCUUCCUGGGCCGGGUCUGGGACAGGGCAAUCCGGGGCUGGCCAUGCAAAACUUGAACAACAGACAGAUAGCCAGUGGAAUGUUUGGCGGCAGUGGAGCAGCACAAACCCGGGCCAUGCAGCAGCAGCAGCAGCAGCCUCCUCAGCCACCAGUGCCACCGCUCAGCUCCUCCCAGCCUAGUCUACGUGCUCAAGUGCCUCAGUUUCUCUCCCCUCAGGUCCAAGCACAGCUCUUGCAGUUUGCAGCAAAAAACAUUGGUCUAAAUCCUGCACUUUUAACCUCACCAAUAAACCCUCAACAAAUGAACUUGUUGUAUCAAAUCCAGCAACUGCAAAUGGCAUACCAGCGUUUACAAAUCCAGCAACAGAUGAUGCAGGCACAACGCAACGUUUCCGGCCCCAUUAGGCAACAAGAGCAGCAAUUUGCACGUACAAUCACCAACAUUCAGCAGCAGAUCCAGCAAAUCCAGCAGCACCAGCGUCAGCUGUACCAGGCGCUGCUGAUGAAGCAGCAGCAACUUCCCUCACAUUCCUCCUCUUCCUCUUCCUCUGCUGGUCUGCACCCUCCCGGUGGCCCAGCCGGAGGCCCUGGAAAAUCAACCUUGGACCUCUUCGCAGGCCCCCACCAGGCUCCGGGUCUCACUGACACCCUGCACACCAAAGAGCCUCCGUCUUCGCCCAAUGCCUACAGCACCUACCCUCUCUCUGGACUGAAUCCAAACAUGAAUGUAAAUGGCAUGGACGUUGGGGGACUGUCCCUGAAGGAGCCCCCCCUGCCCCAAUCCCGCUUGUCCCAGUGGACACACUCAAACUCAAUGGACAACCACUCUGGCAACUCCUCAAAUAUGGAGAAUAACCUCAAUAAGCAUGGUGCCGUAUCUUCUGCUGCCUCUGCCCUGGUACCCCCUGGGAAACCUCCACAGCUUGAGGAUUCAUACAGCCCUUACAAUCUAAUCUCCAACUCUGAGUCCCCCUCCAGCACCCUGGGGCCUCCUGACAGCUGGGGCCAAGGCAAGAGCCCCAAUGAAAAGAUCUCAAAUGGGACCAACAUCAACUGGCCUCCAGAGUUCUGCCCAGGCGUGCCAUGGAAGGGCCUUCAGAACAUCGACCCUGAGAACGACCCCAACAUGACCCCUGGCAGCGUCCCCAGCGGUCCCACUAUUAACACAAACAUUCACGACGUCAACCGAUACCUGCUGCGGGACAGGAACGGAGGUAAACUGUCUGACAUGAAGUCCACCUGGUCCCCUGGGCCCAUCUCUCAGAGUCAAGCAUCUCUGUCCCACGAACUGUGGAAAGUCCCUCAGGGGGCACGCAACACCACAGCUCCAUCCCGGCCCCCACCAGGCCUCACCAACACCAACAAGUCCUCCUCCACUUGGAGUGGCAACUCGUUAGGCCUGGCCCCGGGCUGGAGCGGCUCCUACUCGUCUGAGGGAACCACAUGGAGCACUGACAGCCCAAACCGGACCAGCAGCUGGCUGGUGCUGAGGAAUCUCACCCCACAAAUCGAUGGCUCAACUCUGCGGACCCUGUGCAUGCAGCACGGACCCCUGAUCACAUUCCACCUCAACCUGACUCAGGGGAACGCUGUGGUGCGCUACAGCUCCAAGGACGAGGCCGCCAAGGCCCAGAAGUCCCUGCACAUGUGUGUGCUUGGAAACACCACCAUCCUGGCAGAGUUUGCCGGGGAGGAGGAUAUCAACCGCUUCUUUGCACAAGGCCAGUCGCUGGGGGCAAACACCACGAGCUGGCACGCCAACCCGGGAACCAAUCAGAAUCGAAUGGGCGGGGCAACUCAGUCUCACUCAGUCGGCCAGUGGAGCAGCGGGGGCGGGCGGAAGACAAGCGGGAACGAUCUGUUGUGGGGUGGUGUGCCCCAGUACUCCAGCCUGUGGGGACCGCCCAGCGGAGAGGAUGCACGUGUGAUCGGGAGCCCCACCCCCAUCAACACGCUGCUGCCUGGAGAUCUGCUGAGCGGGGAGUCCAUGUAGGAUGAUGCCACGGUACACUAACCCACCCACCAUGUUGUAUAAACUGUUGGUGGGGGUGGGAUUAAAAAAAAAACUUGAAUUGAUUUAAAAAAUGAUCGAAAUGAGCAAGAGCAAAACCCAAGCAAAUCAUGUGGCGAUAAUCAGUAUCAGAAUAGUUUGGAUUGUGAACUGUAAAUCAGAACGCUGAGGGGGUCAUGACAGACUGUAGACCCCCAGCCCCCCUGCUUUACUCUUGUCCACUUUGUUUAUUUACUUUUUCUCCGUUUAGUAUUCUUUAAUGCUUCAUGUGAACAAACUGAAACUAGGCAAGACGCAGAGAAACCUUUUAGGUGUUUUGAGUUUUGUUUUCCACGUCAGUCUGUGGAGUGUUUUUAAAAGAAGCAAUCAAAGCUGCCAUGUGAGACUUCAAAAGAACUGAACGAACUAAAAUCAUACUUCAAUCUACCAUUCCCAGCAUCUUCAUGGCCAUGACGUUCCAAGACCUCUGCUAGUUUGGUCAACGUUUAUUUCUCAGCACUACUAUUAGCCUUAAGUGCUCUCUGGCCCAAAUCCUUCCCAAGCUAGUUUUUUUUUUUUUUUUAAGUUUCUUUUGUAACUGAAGAAUUCGCUGAAAUCUUGCACAGUUCACCUCUGAGCCAACAAGUGGUACAUGCUGCGUGUCCACCGGGCAGGACAGGCCUGGCCUUUCGACUGGCACUACCAAUCAUCUGCUCAGACACCUGAACUCAUCUCACGGGGGGUUGACACAACUGUUGACUUACACGUGUGAAUCCCUGCAUUAUUACUGUUGUUACUUUUAAAUUUACCACGAGAUAUAAGCUGAGAGCAGAUUAGUCGUUGACUUUGCUGCGUGCGUUUCCUCAUGGGAUCUAAUCAUCGACUCCUGUGGACCCAGAUCCUUCUGGUCACCUUAAGCCUGGACCUCAGUCGCUUACUGGUGCUUUGUUGAAUUUUCUAAUGUUCAUUUUGUUACAAAGCCAACGUGGUCAACCAAUUUUCGGAGGACAGAAACUACUCGGUUUUACUUUGAUGUGACAGUAACAUUGUGCAAUAUAUGCCAUCGACCUUUCUUCCGUCCAUA